AUGGUUUUCCUUUGACAAAAGAUCGGGGAGACUAGAUUAAUCAUGUAGGAUGACUGAUUUUUUCUCUCGUCGCCUAUAACCAAUAAAUAUAUAACGCUAAAGAAGUGUUUCUUCCCAAGCUACUCCUACGUAUUGCGAGAAGGAAAACGACUACCUAUCAUAUAAAAGAGGCCCUCCCUCCUGUGCCAAUGACGCAAGAGAUUCUGAGUGCAGAGAAGAGAGAGAUGGCAGAGAACCGGAGCGAUGCGAACGGAAGUCUGAAGACUUACGAUGAUCAUGUCCCGGAGAUUAAGUUCACCAAGCUCUUCAUCAAUGGCGAGUUCGUCGAUUCCGUCAAAGGGAGGACAUUGGAGACGGUAGAUCCAAGAAAUUUACAAGUGACGGCGAGAGUUGCAGAGGGAGACAAAGAGGACGUGGAUUUGGCCGUGGAAGCUGCUCGCCAAGCAUUCGACCACGGCCCUUGGCCGCGCAUGCCCGGCUACCAAAGGGGAAGGAUCAUGUCAAAAUUCGCGGUCUUAAUCGAAGAGAACAUAGACGAAUUGGCAGCUUUGGACACUAUAAAUGGUGGGAAGCUAUUCAGCUUCUCCAAGGCCAUGGAAAUCCCUUACGCUGUCGCGUCGCUCAGGUACUAUGCCGGUGCAGCGGACAAGAUCCAUGGCGAGGUACUGAAAAUGUCGCGUGACCUUCACGGGUACACGCUGCGGGAGCCGAUUGGCGUGGUCGGGCACAUCAUCCCUUGGAACGGCCCUGCCACCAUGUUCAUGAUGAAGGUUGCGCCGGCACUUGCGGCAGGCUGCACCAUGGUUGUGAAGCCCGCCGAGCAAACCCCUCUAUCGGCUCUCUUUUACGCUCACUUGGCUAAGAAGGCCGGUGUUCCCGAUGGAGUGAUCAAUGUCGUAAACGGUUUUGGACCAACAGCCGGUGCGGCGAUAAGCGGUCAUAUGGACAUUGAUAUGGUCAGUUUUACGGGGUCAACGGAAGUAGGACGCAUCGUGAUGCAGGCCGCGGCGACGAGCAAUUUGAAACAAGUGUCGCUUGAAUUAGGCGGUAAAUCGCCUAUUAUGGUCUUUGAUGAUGCUGAUUUAGAUUCCGCUACUGAUCUUGCUCUGACGGGUAUCCUCGUUAACAAGGGAGAAGUAUGCGUUGCGGGAUCUCGUGUCUACGUUCAAGAAGGGAUCUAUGAAGAGUUCGAGAAGAAGAUAGUGGCGAAGGCAAAGGCUUGGUCAGUUGGUGACCCGUUUGAUCCGAAUGUCCGUCAAGGACCGCAGGCCAGUAAGGAACAGUUUGAGAAGAUACUUUCUUACAUCGAGCAUGGAAAGAGAGAAGGAGCCACGCUUUUGACCGGGGGCGCACCUCUGGGCACCAAAGGGUACUACAUUCAGCCAACAAUCUUCACAAAUGUUACGGAGGACAAUGUGAUCGUGAAGGACGAGAUUUUCGGCCCCGUCAUGUCGCUCAUGAAAUUCAAGACUACAGAGGAGGUGAUCAAGAGGGCCAACGACACGAGGUAUGGUCUAGCGGCGGGGAUUCUAACCAAGAACAUAGAUCUAGUGAACACGGUCUCGAGGUCAAUCCGAGCGGGCACCAUCUGGAUAAACUGCUACCUUGCAUUUGACAACGACUGUCCUUUUGGCGGCUACAAGAUGAGCGGCUUCGGCAAAGAUUAUGGUUUGGACGCCCUCCACAAAUACUUACAUGUUAAGUCUGUUGUGACCCCUAUUUAUAACUCUCCCUGGCUUUGAGAGAAUUUUACGAGGGGAAAAACUUGGCAUCAUAUGAUGGCUCAAAUAAUGUAUAAUUAAGGGUGUAUUUGUUUGUGUGAAAGUAUUUUCCGUGAAUUAGUUUAUGAA